GCACGUUUACAUCUUUCUCACAGCACCCAGUGAGCUGAGGAGAUCACUUGUUGUUGUGAGCCAUGGUGAUGAAGUGUACUGUGUGCCUUGUGGCACUGGCCUUGCUUGGUAGCGUAUGUGAGGCUCAAUGGGGAUUUAAACCAAAACCAAACCAGAAUCCAGGGAUUCCUCCGCCGAACAAACAGGUUCCUCACAAUCCCCAACAGACGAAGCACACAUUUGAGAAACCUCUCACCUGGAAAUACCCCCAAGAUCCUGACCCUCUACCCAAAGAAAAUGUGCCUUUCGAGCUGAGAUCUCCUGUGGCUGCUUCAUCUGUCUCUGUAGAUUGCAGAGAGAAGAUCGUUCAUGUGGAAGUCAGGAAGGACAUGUUUGGGACAGGCCAGCUCAUCAAUCCCGCUGACCUGACGAUGGGAAACUGUGCUGCUGUUGGAGAAGACACUAAUGCUAAAGUCUUGAUUUAUGAGGCGCAACUGCAGGAUUGUCUCAGCACAUUAUCGAGGACAGAAAAUGCCAUCAUCUACACCUUCACCAUGAAUUAUGCUCCCCAAGCUCUGGGCUCCUCCCCUGUGGUGAGGACCAGCCAAGCUGCUGUAAUAGCGGAAUGCUACUACCCAAGGAAGCACAAUGUGAGCAGUCUGGCUCUUCAUCCUGACUGGGUGGCCUUCUCUGCGGUUAGAAUGGCACAGGAAUUCUUGUACUUCACUCUGAGACUCAUGAUUGAUGACUUCCAGCAUGAAAGACCAAAAAACCAGUACUACCUAGGAGACACCAUCAACAUUGAGGCUACCGUUAGGCAGUUCUUCCACGUGCCCCUCCGUGUAUAUGUGGAGAGCUGCGUUGCUACUCUAUCAGCAGACGCAACCUCCACCCCUAGAUAUGCCUUCCUUGACAACAAUGGGUGUUUGCUUGACGCUAGGCUCACCGGCUCUCAUUCGAGGUUCAUGGCUCGCACUGUGGACAACAAGCUGCAGUUCCAGUUGGCGGCCUUCAAGUUCCAGGGAGUUGACAGUGGAGUGCUCUACAUCACCUGCCACCUGAAAGCAUCCACUGCUUCUCAUGCCAUCGAUACUGAACAUAGAGCAUGCUGUUGGAACAAUGGGUGGUAUGAGGCCGGCGGAGUAUAUAACGUCUGUGGCUCCUGUGAAAAUGGAAUAGGAUCUCCUCCUUUAGAUCCAAAGGGAAGACCUGUUCCUCCCGGAAGGAAGGUUCGUGAUGUGUCCCAAAGUGAAGUUUUGGAAUGGGAAGGUGAUGUGACCCUGGGUCCCAUCCUCAUUGAAGAGAGGAUGGCUGUUUAACUCAAUUCCCUGCGACGGCUGUGGCCAUCAAAAUAAACAGUCUUGUUGGUCCAACAUUGUCUGCAUGUUAUUUACUUGCUUCUUGUUAAUAGUUCAGUUUAAACAAGGAAAGUAACCACAUUUACUCCAAUAAAUGUAAUCAACAUUUGACUUAUCAAAAUAAAAUAAAAUUGUAAGAGCCA